AAACAGGGAGAAUCAAGAAAAAACAUAGAAAAACAUGGGAAACCAGGGAAAAACAUAGAAAAACACAGGAAGACAGGGGAAAACGUAGAAAAACACGGAAAAAAAUGGAGAAUCAAGGAAAAACAAAGAAAAACACGGGAAAACAGGGGGAAACGUAGAAAAACAAGGAAAAACAUAGAAAAACACCGGAAAACAGAGGAAAACGUAGAAAAACAAGGGAAAACAGGGAGAAUCAAGUAAAAACAUAGAAAAACAUGGGAAACCAGGGGAAAACGUAGAAAAACAAGGAAAACGGGGGAAUGAUAUCGCAAAUUUACUUCAGUGAAGGGUUUAUCCUCUAAUAAUUUCAUGAAGUAGAAAAACAAGGGAAAACAGGGAGAAUCAAGUAAAAACAUAGGAAAACACGGGAAAACAGGGAGAAACAAGAAAAAGCAUAGAAAAACACAGGAAAACAGGGGAAAACGUAGAAAAACAAGGGAAAACAGGGAGAAUCAAGAAAAAACAUAG